AUGGAAGGCUUCUACGGUAUCGAGGUCGCCGCCGGCAAGCAGGUGAAGCCCAAGAUCCCCGAGGAAUGCGCUCUUCGCAUUACACAGCUCGCUGUGCCCGCCAAUGCCUCCGGCGCCAUCUCGCUCGUGGUGGUGUUUGAGGGUAAGCAGUUCACCGUCGCCACUCUUGACCCCAAGCGCGGUGUGUACCAGAUGAACACCGACCUUGUGUUCACAGAGGCCCAGGGUGCGGCCUUCUCGCAGGGCGCCGGCGUCGUGCACGUCACCGGCUACGUCCAGCCAGUCGGCAACGAUGAUGACCUCAUGAUGCCCGACGACGAAGACGACGAAGAGGACGAAGACGGCGAGGGCGCGAAGUUGGCCCUCCACGGCGACGACUCCGACGAUGACGAGGAGGAGGAGGACGACGAAGAAGUCUCCGGUAGCGAGGCCGAGGGCCCCCACGGCGCCGCGCCUGCUGGCGGCGAUUCCGACGACGAUGAAGAGGAGGAGGACGAGGAGGACGACGAAAUGCCCAGCGACGAGGAGAUGCCCGAGGACUCGGACGACGAAGAGGGCGCCGACAUGGACUCCGAGGGCGAAGACGAGGACGACGAGGACGACGAGGGCGAGGAUGAAGACGAGGACGACGAGGACUCCGACGACGAUGGUGUCCUGCAGAAAUUCCAGCGCCAGGAGCGCGGCGGCCGCGGUGGAGAUCGCGGUGGCUUCCGCGGUGGUCGUGGUGGAGAUCGCGGUGGCUUCCGUGGUGGUCGCGGUGGAGAUCGCGGUGGCUUCCGCGGUGGUCGCGGUGGAGAUCGCGGUGGCUUCCGCGGUGGUCGUGGUGGAGAUCGCGGUGGCUUCCGCGGUGGUCGUGGUGGAGAUCGCGGCGGCUUCCGCGGUGGUCGCGGCGGAGAUCGUGGCGGCUUCCGUGGUGGCCGCGGCGGCUUCCGUGGUCGCAACUAA